ACUGCCGAUGUCGAGAGCUCUCGGCACGGCUGGGCAGCGCUGCAGUACAUCCGUAAGUCUUUCGCGCGUCCUUUUAAACUGUUAAUGCACCUCGCCUCCCCCACCAUGUCUCCAAAGCUCUUCGUUACCAGGCUCUCGGGCCUUCCUUCUGCCCGCUCGUCACACACGAUGAUCACGCUUUGCAGGAUGGAUGCCGCCUUCCGACGCCUGCAGGAGUACGAUCCCGACCUCGAUCUCGCGGGCCUUUGCACCGAUCUCGACAACUGCCCGAUCGAAGAGCGGAGUAGCUUGCUCAUGCGAUCGCGUAUUGUUCGGAUGACACUCGUAGCCAGCAUAGCAGACAUCGUCAAGCAAAACGCACAUGAGCCUGCAGCACUCGACAUCGCUUCGGCCAUGGCAGAGGUACUUAUCUCAACCUGCGGCGACGCGGAUGAGUACCCUGUCCAAGGGCACAAGAACGCCAUGCAGGCCAUCCAGCUGCUCGCGUCGGUGUAUUCUCGCCUAGAUCAGACCAUCGACCUGUUCUUUGAUCUCGUGGAGCGCUUCUGCGCCCAGAGCUGUAGCCGCGACCCCACGCAGCACUCCGCAUGUGUCACCCGCACCGUCCAGGACUACGAUGAAAUGCUUCUCAAACUCAUCUCCAAGCACUGGCACGCCAGCGGGCCCGAAGGCAGCUGGGACGUCAUCCGCCCCAUGCAACGCAUCAAGGACCUCCGUCACAUCUACGUUCCCUCGGAGGGGUCCAAACGACAGAUGAUCCUGGGCCGUGCCAGAAGGAAGGCGGCCAUGUCUCACCUUUUCUCCGAGAGCUACCAAGCUCUCCGUACCGUGGAGAAGCAGCGCAGGCGGGGCCCACCCAGGUCCCCGAUGACAUCUGGCUUCCGUGACUCCCACUCGGCUCUUAGCCAAUGGAGCGGCUCCACUACCAGCCCGGUUGCCUCUGCUGCUCAUCCCUCGCCCCCUCAGCGAUAUGCGUUGCCCGAAGAGGAAGAAGCACUCAGCACGCCCGCCCCGUCUCAGGAUGACACUCCUGAUAUGUACGAACUCGAUGCGGGUUGGCUAGCCGAAUCGUCCGUGCCGACGCAGGAGGAGGACGAUGCUCUUGCUGAGUACGAAGCUCAGGAAGCGGAUUGGCCCCUGGCAAAGACCACUGCAUAUGUAUCAGGUGAGUGCGCACUGUGUAUCACGUCUGCUUUUCAUCACAUGCAUACUAACGCCACCCGCUUAGCGACUGAACUGCCUCCCUUUGCUCACAAGUACGAGCACGCCUAUCAUCGUCGACAUGGCACUUUCGACUCGAUCCCGACGUUUCGCAUCGCUGCUGCUGCCUGAACUCGCUGGAAUGUGAAUGUGUCGAGACCUCGAGACGCUUUCUCUGCGACUCGAUUGAGGCUCGAGUGAACCGGUACCAGCUGCUAGGCGAUGCGUCCAUCCACGGCUGCACACUUAGGAACUGGACAGCUCAAGACGCAAACGACAUGGCUACAUGCACGAGGUGCG